ACACCCAGGGAUUAUUCCGAAAUCCACUGGGAGUACGUCACGAGCCCGCUCCACGUAGUGUGCGUGUGAAGUUCUUUCUGCUCCACACACACAUCCGAAGCGAUGGCCGGGUUGUUAAAGAUUGUGCCCUAUUCGAUCAGGAAUGGAGCGCGGGUACUCCCGGCCUUCGGCAGCGUCCCGCGAAGAGACUAUGCUAAGACACGGGUCAAAGUAGAAAAUCCUGUUGUAGAAAUGGAUGGAGAUGAAAUGACCAGAGUGAUUUGGAGUUUCAUUAAAGAAAAGCUUAUUCUUCCUAAUGUUAAUGUGGAGUUGAAAUACUUUGAUCUUGGUCUCCCCAGUCGAGAUAAAACAGAGGACCAGGUGACAAUUGAGUCUGCAUUGGCAGCCCAAAAAUAUGGAGUUGCAGUGAAAUGUGCCACCAUUACACCAGAUGAAGCCCGUGUAGAAGAGUUCGGACUGAAACAAAUGUGGAAAAGCCCAAAUGGGACCAUCCGAAAUAUCUUAGGUGGCACGGUUUUCAGAGAGCCAAUUAUUUGUAACAACAUCCCACGACUUGUUCCUGGUUGGGUAAAGCCAAUCACAAUAGGACGGCAUGCAUACGGUGAUCAGAAAACUUCUGUAUCCUCUUUGAUAUUAUUGUAUCGAGCGAUAGAUUUUGUCAUGGACAAGCCAGGUAACUUUAAGCUUGUCUUCCUCCCCAAAGAUGGAAGUGAAUCCCUGGAAUGGAAUGUGUUUGAGUUCCCUGGUGGAGGAGUGGGAAUGGGAAUGUACAACACUGAUGAGUCUAUUACAGGAUUUGCACACAGCUGCUUCCAAUAUGCCCUAUCCAAGAAAUGGCCUCUUUAUAUGAGUACCAAAAACACUAUUAUGAAAGCAUAUGAUGGAAGGUUUAAGGACAUAUUCCAGGAUAUUUUUGAUCAUAAUUAUAAAGCAACUUUUGAUAAGUUGGGUAUCUGGUAUGAGCACCGGUUGAUCGAUGAUAUGGUGGCACAGAUGUUGAAGUCCUCAGGAGGUUUUGUCUGGGCUUGUAAGAACUAUGAUGGAGAUGUUCAGUCUGACAUCCUGGCACAAGGAUUUGGUUCUCUUGGGCUGAUGACGUCGGUGCUGAUUUGUCCAGAUGGGAAAACCAUUGAAGCCGAAGCUGCUCACGGAACAGUUACUCGUCACUACAGAGAGCACCAGAAGGGCAAACCCACGAGCACAAAUCCAAUUGCCAGCAUAUUUGCCUGGACUCGAGGGCUGGAGCACAGAGCAAAACUUGACAGCAAUCAGCAGCUUAAGCAGUUUUCUGACGUACUAGAGCAGGUAUGUGUGGAAACUGUGGAAAGCGGAAUCAUGACAAAGGAUCUUGCUGCUUGCAUUUAUGGACUUCAGAAUAUAAAGCCGAGGCAGCACUAUGUAUACACUGAAGAAUUUCUUGAUGUCAUCAAGGAAAACCUAGACAAGAAGUUGAGUUGUUGAAACAGACCAAGAACAAUAAAGAAUCUUCAAAAUUCUUUCCAGGCUGCUCGUUACUGUGCUGGAGCUGGCAUUUAUUCCAGCUGAACGGCUUUCUUCACUGGGCAUGAAAUGACAUUUAUUUUAUUGAUAUUACAGUUAAUUUUAAUAGUUUGUUAAAAUACAAACAAAAUAUUUGAUUUCAGCUACUGCCCAUGAUUCCGUCCUGCGUCAAUAGUUUGCCAGAAACCUCUGUUUUGUAUUAUUGUCAGCGUCUGUAACACAAAAGCAAAUCUGAACCAAUUUCAAAUUCUCAGUUCAAAUCAAAAUCGUUUAGUAACUAAUGGAACACUAUAUUUAGAUUUUUGCAAAUUAAAAGGAACAGUACGUUUUGUACUUUUCUUCUCAAAUUGUCCUGUGUAUUUCUACUUUAACCUUUCUAACUUCAAACCCUGCAGAUCCAGGACAGCAGUGAAUAGAGUAACUGAAUGGUAACUAUUUCAACAAGCCU